CUCAGCGACGCCCACCUCGCCAUCGUCAAUCGCUUGACGGGUGAAGAAGGCAAAGAAUUCACUGCAGAUAUCAAAAGACACUUUCCUCGGCUUUGCAAAGCGUUCAAGGCACACAUGUCUAGUCAAGACUUGAGUCUAAGUAAUGCAGCGUUACAGGCGUUGGGAUUCUGUGUUUUUAAUUCGAAGGUUACGUGUGAAUUGUCUGCAACUGAAGUCCAAGACUUGCUUUCAAUGCUGAACAGCAUUGCUGUAACAUCUGCAGAUAAAAGCACUCGCACUCGGGCACUUUGGGUGAUCUAAUUUUUUGCUGAAAUUGUUCAGAAGGAGGUGUCCAGUAUUAUUUCUACCCUGGAAACCAUCCUUGCUAAAGAUGCGCAGUCUAUGGUGGUUGAAUACGAAGCACUGAAUGUUAUUAUACGCUUAGUGGAGCAAACCCCAGCCCAGAUGGUGCAAGAGGCGGUGAGGUGGGCAAAGCUGAUCAUUCCCCUGGUGGUCCACUCGGCUCAUAAGGUGCAGUUACGAGGUGCCACGGCGCUGGAGAUGGGCAUGCCCCUGCUGCUGCAGAAACAACAGGAGGUGGCGGCCGUCACCGAGCACCUCAUGACCACGAAAUUAAUUUCAGAACUUCAAAAACUGUUUUCUGCAAAAAAUGAGACGUACGUGUUAAAACUAUGGCCGCUCUUUGUCAAACUGCUUGGAAAGGCUCUGCACCGCAGCGGCAGUUUUAUCAACUCAUUGCUGCAACUGGAGGAACUUGGAUUUCGUAGUGGCUCACCCGUGGUAAAGAAAAUAGCCUUCAUUGCAUGGAAGAGUCUAAUAGAUAAUUUUGCUCUAAAUCCAGAUAUAUUGUGCAGUGCGAAGAGGCUGAAAUUGCUCAUGCAGCCACUGAGCUCCAUCCACGUGAGAACAGAGGCGCUGGCCCUGACCAAGCUGGAGGUCUGGUGGUAUUUGCUCAUGAGGCUGGGACCUCAGCUGCCUGCAAACUUUGAACAGGUCUGUGUCCCGUUAAUCCAGAGUACUCUGCGUGCAAAUUCUGCUGCCUUGCAAGGAACUCCCUCACGUUCGUCCGCCAACCAAAGUUUAGUCUCGGUGACCCCCACGCAGAAAUCAGGUGCUUACCCGUUUGCCAGUCCUGUCACACCAAGGAUGAGCUUGAAUUCCAGUACAGCAGCAAUGGUGGCGAUUCCUUCCAUUCAGCUCCUGGGGAUUGAAAUGCUGCUUCACUUCAUGAUGGGACCAGAAGUUGUAGAAUUUGCCAAGCAAAACACAGUUGCACUUAAUUUAGAGCCUCUCCAGUACCCACUGAUCAGUAGCCCUUCUUUUUUUUGUAAGCAUGCCAACACGCUUAUAAAGGCCGUUCAGGAUGGCUUCAUUGUAAUUGGAAAAGAAGUUCCUGAGUUUACUCUGAAUGUUAUAUGGAAGGACAUAAAUGGAAACGUAAAAACAGCUAUUGAAUCAGGAAAUAAGAAAGAAAAGCAAGGGUCAGAAAUACUCACUACGUUGCUUCAGGCCUUAAAAAACAUUGUUAGAUCAAAUGCUCUUUCUGUGCAGAAAAUACUGUCCCUCAUCGAUAUUACUGUUCAGGAAUUGCCUCCAAAAGUAUUGGGAUCACCAGCUUAUCAGGUUGCUGACAUGGAUCUUUUAAAUGGAACGCCAGCUUUGUUCUUAAUUCAGCUGCCUUUCCAUAACAACCUCCUGGAGUCCUGCGUAACGGAUGAGAGGUUCUUCCUGAUGCUGGAAAAGCUCGUGGGUUACGUUUUGUCUGGGCCCUCAUCCCCGCUGGCUUUCAGUGAAUCUGUGAUCGUCAUUAUUAAUCAGAACGCAAAGGAAGUGGAAAACAAGGAGCAUCUUUGGAGAAUGUGGAGUAUUGUUGUUAAUCCCCUAACCGAAUGGAUUAACAAGACGAACGAAGUGAACCAGGGUGAUGCGCUGGAGCACAACUUCAGCGCUGUGUACAGCACGCUGAUGCUGCCGGUGACGCACAUCUUCCCCGUCAAGGACUUUCCACAGCCAACCAUGAAAUCCCUGCUGAGCGCUUGGUCAGACCUGUACAGAGCGUUUGCUCGCUGUGCUGCUUUGGUUGCAACAGCGGAAGAAAACCUGUGCUGUGAAGAGCUCUGUGCCAAAAUAGUAUCUGGGCUAGAAGGUGAAACUCCAGUAAUGCUGUCGAUGCUGGGCAGUCUCACCCAUGUCCUGUCCGUUAUGGUUGACUGCAUCAACUUUGCACCCUAUGGUACCAAAUAUCAGCCCAAAACCAAACCUCCACAGACACCAACAGAUUGGUCCAAGAAAAAAAAGGAGCCCCUAGGAAAGCUUGCGUCUCUGUUUAAACUCCUGGUGAUGUUACUAAACUCCUUCCAUGUGUUCAGUUCCGACGAAAUCUGUUCAGAAACAUUGGUCUCUGUCGGUCCUUCAGUUCUCGCUGUUCUCCACAACAUCAUCAGCCACAUUUCAUUGCCUUCAGUGAUUGGGACCAUGUUUGCAAUAUUUUCAAAACCCCUGGCAGUGUUUUAUGAGAAAACAAAGCUUGAUGAUGUGCCUGAAGUGUACAGUAAUCUUAACAACAAGCUUGAAAAGCUGCUGGCCGAGAUGAUGCAGUGCUUGCAGGCCCACUGCAUGGGCUCUUACGACAGCGACCUCCUGGAGCAGCUGGCGCCUCUGCUCUGCGCGGUGUUCCAGCACAAGAGCAAACAGAUCUGCAACCAGGGCGCCCAGUUCUGGAACACCACGUUCGCCAAGACCCCGUCACUGACUUACCCCGAGGAGUUAAAAUCUGUGUUAAGCCAAGCCAAAAAGAAAAUCCCACUCCUGCUGCCUGGGUUUGAAAGCAUCGAGAUAACCGAAGAGUACAGCGGCCCCUUCUCUGACACGAUGGAAAAUUCACAGCUGGAUGCAAGGAUCAGUGGAAUGCAAGUGAACUUGGGUCAAAAAUGCGACUCUAUCUUGGCAAAGAUAAAUGAAGUAAAAGACAAGCCCGGUAAUGUGCAAGUACCAUCUGCAAAGUUGAAACUGGAUUUUCCAUCUUUGAACUUUAAAAGCGAGGUCCUUCUGGAAGAGGAGAAAUCUGCUGAUUUUGUGUUUAUUCCUCCAGAAACAAAAGCACGAAUAUUGACAGAGCAUCAGAAAGAAGUGCUGAGGUCAAAGAGGGAUGGUAUUCCUGCUAUGUACAACAACUUGGACACAUCGCAAGAUACCACCUUGUUUUCUCAGUACACUCAAAGCCAGGAAGACUCUUUGGAACAAUCACCUCUACUAGAAAAUGCAAGAGAAGAUACUGAAAACAAGCCUCAGGAAGAAAAUAUAAAGAGUGAGGAAAGCAGCAGUGAACCAGAUGGACCCACAGAGGACUGCAAAUCAGAUCAUCCUCCUGAGGAUACUCCCUGUGUGAGGACGUCGUCUGCCUUCACAGAGGAGAGCUCAGCAUUAAACAGCGAGGGGGAGUCAAAAAGCGAUACAGCCGAAAUAAUCCAGGAGGAGCCCACAGUUGGCACGGGGUCAGAAAAAAGUCCAAUGGGAACAGCUUCGGAUGAGCCCUUGGCGGGGAAUGAAAACACCUCCAACGUCAGCAACAGCUCGACUUCCAGCGACGUUAUUUCGGGCACGCCGCAGCCUGUCAGCCGGCGCCAGUCCUUUAUCACUUUGGAGAAAUUUGGGAGUUCAGAGAGCCGACCCUUCGGCCUUUCAGUCUUGAACAGUUGGUCAGAGGCGCCUGGAAAUGCUUCCAUGACGGGCAAAGAGGAGAAUACAAACGUAAGCAAGAGUAAACCGGAGAAAUCCGGAGAAGAAAACAAAAAGCCUUCGAAGUCUGACUCUGAGCAAAUAUUCACCGCAAUCCGGAGGCUGACGCGCAGACAGAGUAAAAUGGAGCACCAAGGAAGCAGGCAGUCCAGGUGGGUAAACAGGUCAGAGCAGGAGAGAAGCGCACACGAGUCCUUCAACUCCAGCGGCGUGGAGCAGAGUCUUGAGGUGUCCUCCGGCACGCAAGACGUGGAGCAGGUUCUCCUUGCUCAUUCCCAGGCUCUCCACUCUACGGAGGUGGAAAUCGAAAAAGCUGAAGGUUUGAUAGCAGAGCUAGAAAGCACCAAGGCAGCAGAUACGGAUUCAAAGGAAAAUACACCCCCGGAGACGGCAGUGCCACCUGAGCAGGUCACGGGUGACGACAGCCAGGCCGCGCACGCGUCUCCUCAGCAGAAAGUACUGCGGCGUUCGUCGAGACGCCGCGCGGAGGCUGUCGACGGCUCGGCAGGUGGUCAAGAUAGGGAAGAUGGCCCCCAAAAGAGACAGAAAGAAGACGAAAAGGCUGGGCAAAAGAGGGUGCCGCAGACUAAAGAUGUGUCCCAAAAGCACAAAGAGGUUUCUGGGAAAACCACAGAAAGUGCCAAUAAGGAAAGUACCGAACCUGAGAGAAACGCCGCGGAGGACUUGAACUCCGAGUCCCUUGCGCCAGGCCCCGAGGAGGAAGCGAACAGAAGCACAAGGAGGUCAGAAGGUGCCGUGAGGGCUGACGUGGACGGUCAGGACGGCGGCUCGGACACCCUGGGUCAGAAGCAGGCUGAGCGCCCGCGGUACCACACGAGGAGAGCCUCGCAGGGAUUGCUUUCCAGCAUCGAAAAUUCGGAGGCUGAUGGCUCCGAGACCAAGUUGGAAAGCACACGGAGGAAAAGAUGGGCAAAAGUGAAAAACAGAAGUGAUCCUCUCGAAGAUAAAGUGAAAGAUGUGCAGCCAGGAAGCCAUAGUCAAGAGGCGUCUUCCCAAGGAAGCCAAGAUCAGAAUCUGUUGGGAACAAAUAAAGGUGAACCAGGCUGUGUGGCCAGCACAGGUCCUGUGUCGGCAUCUGAAGUGCGUGACCUGAAAACCCAGGUGGCUCCUACGGAUGCUGGCGAAGCUGUGGGAUCUGCCAGCUCGGAGACCGCCCCUGGUGCGCAGAGCGCAGACGUGGAGCAAACCAAGAGCAGCGCAUCGAUGGAGUUGGUCACCAGCCCCUGUGCCUCUGGUCAAGAGCUGAAAGCAGCAGAGGAAGGUAAAUGUGUUGAGAAGCAGAGAGAGGUGGAAGAGAGUUGUCCCCCUGUCGUGCCUGAGCAUGUGCCAGCAGCCAGCGCUUCAGGUGGUGACGGUGACGUUUCCUCAUUGCAAACACCCGAGUGUCAGCACAAAAGAAACAAAAGGGUGAAAAGAUUAAGGAACUGUGACUGCUCUUGCAAAAAGCCAAAGCAGCAAGCGAUGUCAUUCACUGAAACCAAAAACGAGAGUGCCCGUGACCUCGAGCCCCGAAUCACCCCGGUUCAGGUGUUGAUAAAUAGAUCAGAGGUGUUCAGUAAUUCAAAUUUGGACCAGAGUUUGAUCAUGGCACCUUGUGCGAUGAGCACUCCCCUGCUGCCUCCUAAGGAACCCGAUGCAGUUAAGUUGGAAAGAGAGAGAGCAUCUGGAGACAGCCUGCAGGGAAAUGGUGCUGUGCUGGAGGAGGAUGUAGCUCACCCAGAGCACGUAGCAGGAGGAACGGACAGCUCCAUCAUGGAAAUAAGAGAUGAGAGCAGCCAGCCCGAGCAGUGCCUGUCCGAGGGUGUUUCGGAUGAGUCUGGUGACAGCUCUCUGGCUGCUGGGGACCAAAGCGAAGAGCCAGCAGCUGUGGAAAAUGAAGAAGUGGGUCAGAAUGGCCAACCCGAGGAGGGACAGGUCAAUGAGCUGGAAAGCUGUCGGGAUGAUAAAGCAGCAGCUGAGGAUGCUGCGGGAGAACCGUGCAUUAUUCAGGAUACAGAGCUGCACGAGGAGGUGGUGGAGACUGAAACGACAGUGCCUGGAAUUGUGGACAACGCGGUAGAAAACAACGACGUGAGUUCACCUCAAAAGCCAGAAGGUCAGGACUCCUUGGUGCUGGUUAAUGACAGCCCUAACGGGGUGCAGGCUCGCUGCACCUGGUCUCCUUCAGCUUCUCCAUCCACCAGCAUUUUAAAGAGAGGUGUAAAAAGAAGUCAGGAGGACGACUCCCCGUCGCCUGCUAACAAGAUCCGUCGAGUGUCUUUCGCAAAUCCCAUUUAUCAGGAAGGGCUGGCGGAUGACAUAGACAGGAGAAGUCCUGUCAUCAGAUCCCACUCCUCUUCGCCGUCUUCACGAAGUCUUAAAAUCUUAUCCAGCCUUCAGGUGAAGCAUAUUACCACUCCAACCAAAGGAUUUCUGUCCCCAGGAUCUCGUAAACCUAAAUUUAAGAGCUCAAAGAAGUGUUUAAUCACAGAAAUGACCAAGGAGCUGCUGCCCUCCCCGACAGUGUGUGUGUAUCCUGCCCUGGCCGGCUGCAAGGCCCCGGUGGAUGUCAUUUUACCGCAGAUUACAUCAAAUAUAUGCGCCAGAGGCCUGGGGCAGCUGAUCCGAGCCAAGAACAUCAAGACCGUGGGUGAUCUGAGCACGCUGACAGCAGCAGAGAUCAAAGCUCUUCCCAUCCGCUCUCCCAAAGUUUCCAGUGUUAAAAAGGCGCUUAAAGGAUACCACGAGCAACAGGUAAAAUCUCGAGGAUCUGAGGAAACAGCAGCUCCUGAGGAUGCAGAAAAGCCCGUCAGUAAGGUAGAGGAUAAACCUCUGCCUGCAGAUGAAGAAAAACUCGCAACAGACCUGCCCGAGCCGCUGGCCCCGCACGUGGAGGAGCAGCCGCUGCUGGACCUGCCCAGCCAGGUGGAUGCGCUCGCCGCCCGGCUGAGCUCCGCAGACCUUCACUGCUUCUCGGGAGCCCAGCUCUUCGAGAUGCAGGAAAAACUCGUGGGCAUGACAAACUGUAUCAUGAAGAACCUGCAGUCCCGGUGGAGAGCGCUGCCCCAUGAAAGUUCAGAUUAG